UGGAGAAGAAGAGAACAGAAGUGAAGAUGGGAUCUGAUGAAGAGAGUUUGUUUUUUUUGAUUUGAUGACUGCCCUUUUCACUCCACCAACUUCUUCUUCUUCUUCUUCUUCUUCUUCUUCUUCUUCUUCCUCUUCCUCUUCUCGGGUAAGUAUUGCGACGAUGAACUCUCUCUCUAUCUUUUUUUAUUCCCAUUUUGCCCUCCCUUGUUUCGUCAUUUGACUCGACUUUUUUGAAAUCUCUGCGCAUUUGUUCUAGAUCUUCAGCAUUCUCUUCUUUUUCUUCACAAUCAUAAUCUGGUAGGACGUUGAGGAUCAUUAGAGCAGUCGUAUUUGUGUGGUUUGUUCUCCUUAAAGAAGCAGUGAUGGGUUCCAGAUUCCCAUCUCAUCAGCUCAGCAACGGCCUCUAUGUCUCAGGCCGGCCUGAGCAGCCAAAAGAAAGAACUCCGACUAUGAGCUCAGUAGCCAUGCCUUAUACGGGAGGCGAUAUCAAAAGGUCAGGAGAGUUGGGGAAAAUGUUUGAUAUCCCUAUGGAUGGUUCCAAGUCCAGGAAAUCUGGGCCCAUAAACGGUGCUCCUUCAAGGACUGGAUCUUUCGGAGGUGCUGCUUCCCACUCAGGACCCAUUAUGCCGAAUGCUGGAGCUCGCGGUGCUUAUACUACAUCAGGUCCUGUAACGUCUGGGUCUGGUUCAGCUGCAGUAAAGAAGACGAAUUCUGGACCAUUGAAUAAACAUGGGGAACCUAUAAAGAAGUCGUCUGGUCCUCAAUCGGGAGGCGUGACUCGCCAAAACUCUGGUCCUAUUCCUCCAGUUCUUCCCACAACAGGUCUUAUUACAUCUGGCCCAAUUUCUUCGGGUCCACUUAAUUCAUCUGGGGCACCAAGAAAGGUAUCGGGUCCUUUGGAAUCUAUGGGGUCAAUGAAAGUACAAGGUUCUUCAGUCGUUAACAAUCAAGCUGUCACUACCUUGAGCCAAGAUGAUGAAUAUUCAUUCAGGAGGAACUUUCCAAAGCCAAUUCUGUGGUCUGUGAUUUUAUUGUUCGUGAUGGGCUUCAUAGCUGGUGGUUUCAUUCUUGGAGCUGUUCGCAAUGCCAUUCUCCUCAUUGUUGUGGUAGUUCUUUUCGCAGCGGUUGUGGCACUGUUCACUUGGAAUACCUGUUGGGGCAGAAAAGCAGUUGUUAAUUUCAUUUCUCGAUAUCCUGAUGCGGAGCUUAGAACUGCGAAAAAUGGACAACUUGUGAAAGUUUCCGGGGUGGUUACUUGUGGUAAUGUGCCCCUUGAGUCAUCCUUCCGAAAAGUUCCUAGAUGCGUCUACACAUCAACGAGUUUGUAUGAGUACCGAGGAUGGGAUUCAAAACCAGCUAACUCCACACAUCGUCGUUUUACGUGGGGUCUUAGAUCCUUGGAGAGGCAUGUGGUGGAUUUCUACAUCUCCGAUUUCCAGUCUGGCUUGAGAGCAUUGGUUAAGACUGGUUAUGGAGCGAGAGUGACCCCUUAUGUUGACGACUCCUUUGUCAUUGAUGUAAAUCCGGGGAAUGAAGACUUGUCUCCAGGGUUUGUCAGGUGGUUGGCCGAGCGGAAUCUUCAAAGUGACGACCGUACAAUGCGAUUGAAAGAAGGGUACAUCAAGGAAGGCAGCACGGUCAGCGUUAUGGGAGUUGUACAGAGAAACGACAAUGUGCUUAUGAUUGUCCCGCCAUCAGAGCCGUUGACAACAGGGUGCCAGUGGGCCCAAUGUAUCUUUCCCGCUAGCCUUGAGGGCAUUGUUUUGAGGUGUGAAGAUGCGUCCAAAAAUGAUGUGAUACCCGUUUAAGUUUGAAUGUGCUCCGAUAACUUUUCGGGCACUGAUCUCUUGAGGAAUAUUUUGGGUUACAGUCAUAUCAAUCAUGGUGGCGGCGGCAGCAUUGGCUUUCGUAGUUGGAAAUGGAAAUGGGAAUGGAAAUGGAGUGUGAUGUUUUUCAUGGUGAUAUCCUUUUUCUUUUUCUUUUGGUGUAUAGUUUUUAGGAAUUCGAUUCUAUUAUCUUCUUCUCUUUUUUUUUUUUUUUUUUUUUUUUUUUUUUUUUUUAAUUUUUAAGUUCCUUCUAGGUUUGAAAGCUUUUGCAAUGGGUGUGGCUUGAUGUAGUGAGGGAUUUUACAUGUUUUGAAAUAUUGAGCAGACAGCAGUGCGCGCUAUAAAGAAAAGUGUCACAUAAUUAAUUAUUUCA